AUGCCAGAAGGAUCGUCUAUCCCAGGGCCAAGUUCAACCGUGGGCUUGCUUCCAUCCACUCUGUCAAGGCCGUUUCGAUCGAGGAAGAAUCGGCCUUGCGACGCAUGCCGUAAAGCCAAGACGCGCUGUGCCAUUCCCGAAGUUGGUCCACCCUGUGUGGAGUGUCAGCAGACGCGUAAAUCAUGCACGUUUGACGAACUGCCGCCAGAGCGCAAGAAACCUACCAAGCGCGCAUUGCCGCCUAAUCAAGACGGUGCCCACAUUGGGAGCAUCAGCUCUCCCGGAAGCGAGACUGGUACGCAAGGGUAUGCAGCAGAAAAACGGCCGCGAAGGGCGAGUAUGACUGCCAGCACAAGUACAAGCCCCAGCGUCGACUUCACCGGAAUGCACGCGCUUAUCGAGGCGGCCACUCAGCAAGAGCGUCAGCAAGCGGCUUCGAUAUCAGGUCCUACAUCUCUGGAUCUGUCUACCACGGACACUCUCGAGCCCCAUGUGCUCACUGUUCUCCUGACGGACGAUCUCUUGCCCAUUGGAAAUCGACAGACAGGAUCUGGUUCAGAGCUUCCAGAUACAGGAUACAUCAGACAGAUUUCAUCUGAUAAAUCCAAACCUCGGGUAGUUAUCACAUUUACAUCAAGUGACAAAGAAUCGAGAACACUGAUACAUCUGUGCGCUUCACAGUUCGCGCUCGUGAAGGCAACGCUGUCAUUGCUCACCCCUCCGCCCUCGGAAGAGUUUCUCGUGGAUCUCUUUAUUCGCACGCAUAAUUCCGCGUUCCCUGUUAUCAUACCCCCGUCUGACUUUCACCACCUCAAACCACCGCUUUUGCGCAAAAUGUACCUCACGGCCCUGAGUCAUUGUCGAGAGUAUCGACCGUCGGCGCGAGCCGCUCGUCGAGUUGAUCUCGCGGGCAGUCUUGACAAAGGACAGGAAAGUACACGACUUUCGAGUAUCUCAGCCGCACUUCUCGACCUAUCGGGAAGACCAGUACUGGAUGCCGAGUAUAGAUAUAUCUUGUUGGCAAGAACUAUUGCCCAAUCUCAACUGUUGGGGCUACACAUAGAUUGUACGAAUUGGGCUUUACCACCUUGGGAGAAGGAUCUACGUCGCGUCCUGUGGUGGGAUUUGCGCAUUCACGACGCAUGGAUGUCAUUUCUUAAUUCUCGCCCUGCACAUAUUCAAGGUGACAACCACAGCGUGCCAUUCCCAGCCCUCUCCAGUGCAGUCGCGACGUCAGGUCCGACUUCACAGUCAAUCCGCUCGCCAAAGUCAUUCGUCUACCUCUGCCGCCUGUCGUACUUUGUCUCGGUUUUGCAGGCGAGGGUUUGCACGCUGUCGUCCGAGCUUGUUUCACGGGAAGACAGGCUGCGGAUGGUCAUGGAGAUUGAGGUCGACGUCGGCACCUUGCUGCACGAGGUCAGGAGUGACGAAGCACAAGCAAUACCUAGCGACGUGCUGCCCAGCGGUGUCGCAUCGCUUAUGACAUGUCUACUUGGCUUCCGAUGUAUGCUUAGGCGUAUCUCGAUAGAGCUCAAAAUCGGUCUUGGGAGCCCCUUCACUCCAGAUCCCGAAACAUUGGAGAUGUUCAGAGAAUGCGUCGACUAUUUCUGCUCUCUGACGUCUCCGUGUUUUGAUGGCUUCUGGCUUGUUUAUGUUGGGCAUGUUCUCUCCUCUUUGACUUCUUCUCUUAUCCGACUAAGCCUUGCUACGACCUCAUCGCCCCUUGCAACAUCCACUAAUGGGAUUGCAACUUUGCAAGCUAACAUGCACAACAAUCCUAUCCUGUUGCUUCAUCGGCUAGUCACUGCUCUCCGAACUGCAAAACAGAACGACUUUUGGGAUCUCGCCGAAGCCGCGCUGACCCGUGCUGAAUCUGUUGCUAUGGUCCUACGAUCUGCCGAGGAGUUCACCAGCGUUGUCGCCGCGCUAGAGUCUCGUCUGGAUGUGAAUUUUCAUUUACAAGGCGACGUCGGCGGCGGGCCAGGGGCAGUAGAGGAUCCGGUACAGGGAGGUGUCGGGUGGGGUGCUCCAACAGCAUGGAACAUCAAUCUGAACGCGUUUGGGCCAGACUGGGAAUCCUUCCUAAUGGGUCUGGAUGGGGACAAUGGGAGUGUCUUUGGAAUCCCACACUUCGAGGCUCAGGGUUGA